AUGUCAAAUAAAACAGGAAUGAUGUUAUUAAGAAAUAUUAUUAAAAAUACAAAUAAGAAUAAUCAUCACUAUUUGUUUGUACAUAAUUGUAAUAGAUAUAGUAAUAGUAAUAGUAAUCAAUGUAAUUUUAGUAGUAACAGUAAUAAUAGAUACUUUUGUAGUUUACAACAAAAACAACAACAACAACAAAAUUCAAACGAUAAUGAUUUAUCAUCUAUAAAUAAACAUGAAAAUGAAAUAAAUAUAGUUCAACAAAGUAAUCAAAAGAAACAAUCUCUAUCAUCAAUUGCAAAAGAUGAAAUUAUAACAGAGUUGAUUGUUGAUAAUAGUUCGGUGAAUGCUAGCAUCAUUCAAGGAGAUCAAGUGAAUCAGACACCGAUCAAUCCUUUUGAAUAUAGUAUAAAGACGGUUGAAGAUGCUCUACAUCUACCGGGUAUUCCAAGAGCUGUCGCUCUCGAUUCAAUGUAUAUUGCAGGUUCGAUUCACAGUCAUCUGAAACAAUCGAUGGAUCUACUGCAGGAACUAGUCGAUAACGGUCGAAUGGAGAAUGCAUUUGCACUGUUUCAAGUGAUGGAGCGAUACUAUGUACCGGUUGCACCAGAGUGUUACACAGCGAUGCGCAGACAGAUCGAGAAGGCAAUGGUAGAGGUGGCACGCUUCAACGAUGCCAUUGCACGAGAAACAGAGCGACCUGGAUCGGUGCCAGACAACGAACUCUACAUUCCAACUGUCGAGACAAUGAACACCGUCCUAAACUACUACACAGAGACCGACAAACUUCAACAAGCAUUCCGAGUGUUUCUCGCCAUGAAGAUACUCGGUGUCCAACCGAAUCAACAUACCUACCGAUCACUCAUCAACGCAUCGCUUCGUUAUGAAGAUAUCGAUCUUGCUUUGCUUGUUUUUGAAAAUAUGAGAAAAGAUGAAAUAAGAUUGGAAGAACAAACAUAUGAAAGAUUGUUCGAGAGUUGUUGUAACUCUGUUCAUAAGGAUGGUGCAGCGGAUCUCUACCAUGAAUUGGUGAAUAACUUUAAUAUUCCGACAAUCAAUAAAUAUGCGUAUCUGACAACGUUGGGUAUCACUGGUUUCAUGAGUUGGUUGGGUGUGCCCAAGAGUAACAGAUCAGGCAGAGGUUGGGUAACAAGUUUACAAAUCUCACCAAGUCGAUAUAUAUUACCACCAAAACAUGAAAAUCAUAAAUUAUUAGAACCCUUCUUGCCAAAAGAGAUUCAAAACAAAUUGUUGGGUAGAUCCUAUGCAAUAGAUUCACCUCCUUCAAAAGAAACCGAUAAUAAUGAUAAUAGACCAUUACAUUUACGUCUCCACGAAAGACCAAUUACUCAUAUUCAAUUCAAUCGUGAAGGUGAUCUCUUAUUUGUAGCAGCAAAGGAUAAAACAGUUUCAUUAUGGUACACUUCAAAUGGUGAACGUUUAGGAACAUAUUUAUGUGGUGGUGUCGUCUACUCUUUGGAUGUCGACCAAAACACUAAAUACAUGGUCACUGCCAGUGCUGACUCCAAGUUGAUUUUGUGGGAUGUCAAGACCGGAAGACAGAUCGAAUCAAUCUCAUUCGAAGUAUCUGCUCGUUGGGUUGAAUUUUCACAAGGUGACAAACAAAUUUUGGUGGUUACCGAUCAGAUUAUGGGUUGUCAAGCUACUGUACAUGUCUUUAACUUUGACCCAGAGAAUGUUGUAAACAAAAUUACACCUGCUUUCACAUUUGAUCCACCCAAUAUUAAGAUUACUCAAGCAACUUGGUCACCAAUGAAUAAGACCAUUCUUGCAUCUUGUGAGGAUGGUUUCGUCCGUAUCUACGAUGUAGAGACGAGAAAGUUGGUUCAUACCAUCACCGAUCACACCAAGAUGGUAACAAAGAUCGUUUGGAUGAAACACAGAAUCAUGUUUUUGACUUGCUCAAAGGAUGGUACUGCCAGACUCUACGAAACCAAGACACUCAAACACCUCAAGACUUUUGAUACUGGUCGUCCAGUGAAUGCCGCCGCCAUUUCACCUUUGAAGCCACAUAUCAUUCUUGGUGGUGGUCAGUCUGCAGAGUCUGUAACAACCACUAAAGUAGAUUCCACUCAAUUCAAGGUCAGAUUCUAUCAUAUCGCUUACGGAGAUGAAAUCGGAGGUCUCAUCGGUCACAUCGGUCCAGUUCAUUCCAUAGAUUUCACACCAAACGGUAAGACUUUUGCCACCGGUGGUGAGGAAGGUCUCGUUAUUAUCAAUCACCUUGACAAUUCCUAUUUCGAAUUUGACAAAGAUUUAGAUUACGGUACCAAUUCUAACUAA